ACGGUGUACCACUGUACCCGUCUGUACUCACUGUUUAGCGUGGGAAAAGCUGGUUAUCCUGCAGCGGCUAGGCAGACAGCCUGAGUUCCGACCAGUGGAGAUCCUGAGGAAGUCUGUGAUCCUGUUCUCAGGUAGCCGGCAGAUCAGCAGUAAGAGUCCCCAGCAGUCUGAGUCUGGAAUCAAGCAGCAGUACAUCUCGACCAAUAACCCCAGCAGUACAUCUGGAACCAAUCACAGUAAU